AUGUCGAAUAAACUAAAUGAUUCUUGUGCUCCGACCAACGCCGUCCAGAACUUGGCGAGGACUUAUGGGACGUCAAAUAGCCAGAUCAGAUCUGGCGUUGAAAGUCAGAUUGACCAGUUAGGACCUAGUGGGUCCACAGGUGAUCAGGUAUGGGAUUUAAGGAUAUAUUUGUUUCAUUUUAGGGUUGUUAUGGUCGAUAGAGUUGCUUUUAGGACACUAGAGUUGCCUUAGGACACUAGAGUUGCCUUAGGGCGCUAGUGUUUCCUUAGGGCACUAUAGUUGCGUUUAGGGCAUUAGAGAUGCCUUUAGAGCACUAGAGUUGCCUUUAGGGCACUAAAGUUGCCUUUAGAGCACUAGAGUUGCCUUUAGGGCACUAAAGUUGACUUUAGGGCAUUAGAGUUGGCUUAGGACACUAUUGUUGCAUUAGGGCACUAUAGUUGCCUUUAGGACAUUAGAGAUGUCUUUAGGACACUAAAAUGUCUUUUAGGGCACUAGGGCUGCCCUUAGGGCACUGUCGUUCUUUUAGGGCAUUAGAGUUGCCUUUAAGGCAAUAGAGUUGCCUUUAGGGAUUUAGAUUUUUUUUAAAUUUUCACUUGUCGUUCUGUGUAAAGUAACAUACUAAAGCAAUAUUUACAGUUUGCUCAAGAAUACCUAGCACAAGCCAACCGAUCUCAACCCCAGCCAGCCUCAAUUAACGUCCGCCAACUCUUGGGUCAAUCACAAUCAUCUCGUUGGGCCGACGACUUUGUCAAAGCUCAACGACAAAACCCACAAAACCAAAUGGUCGAUAAAUGGGCGACGGAAUUCAGACAACAGAAUCGAUUUAAUAUGAACCCUUUGGCCAAUGAAUUACCGAAUCAAUGGGCAGAGGAGUUUCAGAAAAGAAGUUUGGCUAUUCCUGGACCACAAAUGCAUGAACAAUGGUCGAAAGAGUUCGACCAGUGGAUUGAGACAAGUCAACCGGCUGGAGGGCUAGAAGCGGCUUGGAAUCAGGCUCAACAAGGGUAGGUGUUGUUGGUAAUAGGGUAGGAUAGGUUAUGUUAAGAGUAAUGGCAUGCAAAGUAACAUAGAGUAGUGUAAAAGAAAGUAAAAUAACAAAAAGUAGAGUUAUGUCAUGUACAGUAACGUAGAGUAGGGUAGGGUAAAGUCAGGUAGAGUAAUAUAGAGUAGGGUAAAGUUAUGUAAAUUAAUAUAGAGCAAGGUAAAGCCAUUUAAAGUAACCUUUAGUAUGGUAAAGCUAUUUAAAGUAACAUAGAUUAGAAUCAAGGCAUGUACAGUAAAAUAGAGUAAGGUAAAGGCAUGUACAGUAACGUAGAGCAUGGCAAUGUCAUAUAAAGUAACAUAGAGAAAAGAUAUGUAAGAUAGCAUAGAGUAGGUUAAAGGCUUGUAAGGUAACGUAGAAUAAGGUAAGUGCAUGCAAAAUAAGAUAGAGUAAACUCUUGUAAAGUAACACAGACUAAGGGAAAGUCAAGUAGAAUAACAUACAUUAAAGUCAUUUUUUAAAAAAUUGCUACUAGUCGUGGCUCAUUUCUUUUUGAACCACUUAUUAUGUAUAUAUAGACGGUCUGUUGCCGAUGAUGCUGGGAGAGGUCUGGUUCUUUUUAUAUAGCAGGGUAGCCUUUACCUAUUUGUGCAUAUCUAACAAUUUGUAAUGAAGCUAUAACUUUUUUUGACUAUUAAGUUAUAAAUUUAAAAAUUUUCAGUGAAGCCCUAGGCGACCAAUGGGCCCAAGAAUUUGCUGACAAAGUGCGAAGCGAUGUCCCACCAAUCGACCAGUCGACUUUGGACGCGGAAUUUGACAAAAUAUUCCAAGCUGGCAUGGACAGUUGGAGUGGUGUUGAGGAUGUGACGGAGGAAUAUCCAAUGGAGUAUCAGUUUGAAGAGGUAGGGCAUUUUCUUCGAAAAAAAUUUUUUUUUAUUUUUAAAAUUUUUUUUGAGUUUUUACGUUUUAGGAGUGUUAACAGUACGAAUUUGGUAUGUUUUUAGUAAUCUUUUUGUAUUUUAAGUCAUAUUUGUUAUCUUUUUUCUGAAUUUGUUACCUAUUUUGUAAAAUGAUAUCUUUUUAAACCUUAAUCCUUUAAUUUCACUAAAAAUUUCAAAAAACUCCCCCCCCCCCUAAUUUUAUAAAAAUAUUACCCCUCCCAAUUCCAGUCCAAUCCCUACGCCAACUCAGACGCCGACCUAAUGGCCGCCGGCCUAAAUGAAAUGCGAAAUGGCAACACGAACGAAGCCAUCCUACUAUACGAAGCUCAAGUCCAAAAGAAUUCACAAGAUGCGAAUGCAUGGUGCCGGUUAGGCUUCUGUCACGCUGAGAAUGAACACGACAUCAAUGCCAUGUCAUCGUUCCGAAAAGCCCUAGAGGUGGAUCCACAAAUGAGAGAAGCGUUGUUGGGGUAUUCUGUCAGUUUGGCCAACGAAAACUACAGUAACGAGGCUCUGAGUCAACUGGAGAAGUGGCUGGAUGCUUAUAAGGGGGUCAGCAGUUUGGGGAAGGUAAGGAUUGAAAAAGUUUAAAUUUUCAAAAAUUUUUUUAUUUUUUUAAAGAUAAGAAAAGAUAAAAACUUAAAGUGAUUGUCUUUUGAUUUAGCUAGAUUUGAAAUGGGGCCCAUUCUUUUAGAUGCAGUCCUAGCAAGUUUGGAAGAGCAACUUGGGCUUGGCCGCUUUGCAGGUCUAGGGUGUAGCUAGUAGACAUGGAUAACGGGCCAAGCUUAUUUUGUAGGCCCGGCCCACGGGCUGGGCUUGAAUGUUAGGCUUGACCUAAAUUUUGCUCAGGCCUGGCUUGUUUUUCAUGUGUAGUAGCCAGGGACGUUGUUAGAGGGAGGGAGAAGGCCUUAUCAGAGCUAACCUGAAAAAAGUUUAACGGUGUUAUACGUGAAAAAGUGGAAAAAAUUUUUAAAUGGAUCAAUAAGUAACGACAAAAAAUUUUUUUUACUUUCCUUCCCCCCCCUCUAGAAAAAAUCAGUAGCGACGUCCCUGGGUGUGGCUUAUAAUGCCAGUUUACUGUAACUCAAAAUUUAUAUGUAAAAGUUUUCUGUGGCAGUAAUUUAUGUUUAAAAAUGCAGGUACGACCAACAACCUUUGGUCAAAUUGACCCUUUGGAUUUAUCUUAUAGGCCACAUGCUUUUCUUAAGGUAAAUCAGUAUAAUAUACAGUGAAGCGUCUUCAGUAUGACACUUGAUAGUAUGAUAUUCUCUUUAGUAUGACCUUUGAUAGUAUAACGUUCUCUUUAGUACGAUUCUUCAUAGUAUGAAACCUUCUUUACAACGACAGCUUUUUGAUCGCUUUUUGUAAUAGAACGCUUGUCAGAAAGUAGCUGGAAGUGUGACACUCUGGUUAUAAUGAACCUUUGGUCUAAGCUCUUUAGUGCCAUAGAGUGUCAUACUAAAGAGGUUUGACUGUAGUAAAAAUUUGGCUAGAACAACAAAAAUAAGCCUAAAGAACAAUUAAAAUAAGCCUAAAAAAUAGUGAUUUUAUGUCUACCAUAAAAAGCAUUACACUAUUCAAAAAACAUUUUAACUAUAAUAUUUUAGGAGAACGAAAAGCCUCGCCUCGGCUUCUACGGUGCCUUCAUAGAUCCACUUCGCUUCCAACAAAUCGAGUCCCGCUUCCUAGAAGCAGCUCGAGGCCAGACGAACGCCGAUCCAGAACUACAGAAUGCUCUGGGAGUACUUUACAAUCUGAACGGCACAUUCGACCGCGCUGUUGAUUCGAUAAAAACAGCCAUUGCUCAAUCCCCAGAUGACCCUAGGCUAUGGAAUCGUCUGGGUGCUACACUAGCCAAUUCGGAUCGUACGGCCGAAGCCAUUGAAGCGUACAGACAUGCACUACAGUUGUUCCCUGCAUAUGUUAGGGCACGGUACAAUUUGGGGAUUUCGUGCAUGCAUUUGAAUUGUUAUAGGUAAGGGUUGGUUUUUUUUGAAUAGUGUCAAUGAGGAUAACGUUGGAAGAGUAAGGAUGGGUAUAAUAGAUAGGAUUGGGUAGAGUAGGGUAAAAGAGAAAAAGUUAUUGUAAGGUACUGUAAGGUAGAGUAGGCCGAGCCCCGCAGAGGUAAUUUAUGGUAAGGGGUAGGGUAAAUUAGGAAAAACUAGAGUAUAUAUAGGGUAAAGUAGGAAUAAGCACGGUUUGGUAGGGUAGGGUAAAGUAAAGUAAAGUAGUGUAGGGUAGGGUAGGGUAAGGUAGGGUAGGGUAGGGUAGGGUAGGGUAAGGUAGGGUAGGGUAGGGUAGGGUAGGGUAGCGUAGGGUAGGGUAGGGUAGGGUAGGGUAGGGUAGGGUAGGGUAGGGUAGGGUAGGGUAGGGUAGGGUAGGGUAGGGUAGGGUAGGGUAGGGUAGGGUAGGGUAAGGUAAGGUAAUGUAAGGCAAGGUAAGGUAAUGUAAGGCAAGGUAAGAUAUGGUAGGUCAAAGUGGAGGAGAGUAUUGGUAAUGGCAAUUUAUGGUGGAAUUACUGUAAGGUAGAAUAGAGUUAGAUCAGGACAAGGUCCAAUACCUAUACAAAACCGAAAGAGUAAUAUUAUUUUUUCGUUUUCAGAGAAGCUGCCGACCACUUUGUGAACGCCCUGAAGCUCCAAAAAGGUAGUGAGAAUUCGCCGAUUUGGUCGACUUUGCGGUCGGCUCUGAUUAGAAUGGACAAGACCGAUUCGAAUUUAAUGGCAGCAGUUAACAACUAUGAUAUCGACGCGUUACAGAGAGGCUUACAGAUUGCUUAAUUUUGUACAUUUCUAUUUUUUACUUAUUAAAUUUUGCAAAUUUAUUUGUUUUUUGGAAGCUUACUGUACUUUAAGCCAUUGAAGCGUACAGACAUGCACUACAGUUGUUCCCUGCAUAUGUUAGGGCACGGUACAAUUUGGGGAUUUCGUGCAUGCAUUUGAAUUGUUAUAGGUAAGGGUUGGUUUUUUUUGAAUAGUGUCAAUGAGGAUAACGUUGGAAGAGUAAGGAUGGGUAUAAUAGAUAGGAUUGGGUAGAGUAGGGUAAAAGAGAAAAAGUUAUUGUAAGGUACUGUAAGGUAGAGUAGGCCGAGCCCCGCAGAGGUAAUUUAUGGUAAGGGGUAGGGUAAAUUAGGAAAAACUAGAGUAUAUAUAGGGUAAAGUAGGAAUAAGCACGGUUUGGUAGGGUAGGGUAAAGUAAAGUAAAGUAGUGUAGGGUAGGGUAGGGUAAGGUAGGGUAGGGUAGGGUAGGGUAGGGUAGGGUAAGGUAGGGUAGGGUAGGGUAGGGUAGGGUAGCGUAGGGUAGGGUAGGGUAGGGUAGGGUAGGGUAGGGUAGGGUAGGGUAGGGUAGGGUAGGGUAGGGUAGGGUAGGGUAGGGUAGGGUAGGGUAGGGUAGGGUAGGGUAGGGUAGGGUAGGGUAAGGUAAGGUAAUGUAAGGCAAGGUAAGGUAAUGUAAGGCAAGGUAAGAUAUGGUAGGUCAAAGUGGAGGAGAGUAUUGGUAAUGGCAAUUUAUGGUGGAAUUACUGUAAGGUAGAAUAGAGUUAGACCAGGACAAGGUCCAAUACCUAUACAAAACCGAAAGAGUAAUAUUAUUUUUUCGUUUUCAGAGAAGCUGCCGACCACUUUGUGAACGCCCUGAAGCUCCAAAAAGGUAGUGAGAAUUCGCCGAUUUGGUCGACUUUGCGGUCGGCUCUGAUUAGAAUGGACAAGACCGAUUCGAAUUUAAUGGCAGCAGUUAACAACUAUGAUAUCGACGCGUUACAGAGAGGCUUACAGAUUGCUUAA